AUGGAGAACCCGGAGGAAGCCGAGGUGGAUAUUGACACGCUCAUUGAUGAGAUGGACUAUAUUCCUGGUCACUUCCACCUGGAGAUGAACAUGAACUUCGAGCCCUGCUCCCCUGUGAAUUUCAGAGGGAGGGACAUGAAGCUUAAGCGAGACAGCCUGAUGUAUGAGCUAGAGCUUGAGUCUGGCUCCCAGCAAUUCGCUGUCAGGAACCUGCUCGGGGUCUUCUCCUUCCACCUGGAGGAGAUGGAGCAAGCCAAGGAGAUCUUCCUGAGCAUCUCCCAGGAGGACCCUGACAACCUCAAUACCUGGGCCAACCUGGCCUACGUGUACGACAGGCUGGACAGCGAGCAGGAAGAGGCUGACUGCACCAAGAAACUAGCCCACUUAAUGGGCCUGGGCUCAGAAGACGAGUCUCAGGGGGAUCCCAGGCUCCGAGCAGCCCGCUGUCUGGCAGAGCAGGGCUACGCUUACGUCUUUGACAUUGGGCUUGUGGAUGAAGAAGACCGAAUGGAGAAACUGACUGCCGGACUCAUGCUCUAUGACAAGGCUCUUGCUUAUGGGCAGCAGAUCCCCCUGGAGGAGAAAAGAAGCUGGUACUUCACUAUGGCCACGCUGUACAUCAGAUUAGAUGGGAUCCUGAUGAACAAGGGAAAUGAUGAGCAGAAGCGGCUGCCCUCCUUUAACAGAACGCUGGCUCUGCUUCGACAAGUGACCAAGUCCUCAAAUUCUCACUACAGAGCUCUGGCCUGGUGCUACCUCGGGUUGCUGCUGGAAAGGAAAGAGACGUUUUCCACCACCCCGAUGGGGAUCCAUGACUGUGGUUACUCUGGGACUGGGCCCCUUGAUUGCUUUGGCAAGGCAAUAGAAAUAGCUAAAGACAAUCCUCCCACACUAAACCGACUGGCAAAAAUUUUCCACUUCCUGGGCAAGCAAGAAAUGGCUAUGGGAAUCUGCAAUAUGGCGCUAGCUCUCCUACAAGAUCCAGAGCUCAACUGGCAGGCCUACUGCACGCGGGCCAAGAUCCACAUUAAGCUCUAUCUGCGAGAUCUGGAACGUGCAAAGAUGGGUUUGGGAGGCAUGCCAGACAGGAAAAAUCUCACCAGUGCUAAAGAGGACCUUGAAAGCAUUGUAAAGGUUUGUCCGUGCUUGAAGACAUACCUGGACAUAGGCCAGGUCUACUAUUACAUGGGUGUUGAUGCCAUGCAGGAACUAUUCCCAGUGGACGAGACUGCACUGGACAAUGCUUUGGAGUUCUUUGCGAAAGCCAUGGAGUUUGACCUGGGAGAUACACUACCGGAAAUACAGCUGCUUAGGGGGAAAUGCUUGCGGCUUAAAAAUGAGGAGUCCAAUGCCAUUGGGUGCUUCAAGCGAGCCAUAGAACUGGACGAUGUGGGCUCCACCUACACAGAGAGUUUCCGGUGCCUGAUGGAGACACUCCUUAUACUGUUCAGUCAGAAGAGGGUGAAUGCCGAGAUGCUGAUGCAGGAGGUGGAAUUGUGGGUAAAGAAGGCUGAGGAGAAAUACCCAAAGCAGCGUGUCCGCCAGGAGCUGAGACUGGUGUGUCGCAAUCACACAACAGAGGUGAUCGAGCUCUCUAAAGCCAUGGUCACCAGAGGGAAUACCGAGCUGGUGAAGAUGCUGUUUGAGACAAUAAAGACUGACUUUUCCAAGCCCAAACUAAAUGAGCGAUCACUCUCCUUCUGA